CCACGUUUUGUUGUAUUGCUUAUAUGAAACGGAUCUUCCGUAUCAUCGUUCAUACAUUGUGUUGCGUGUCUCAGGAAUGUCCACCUGUUGCGAUGUUGCUUCGGGUAGACUAUUCCUGGGGUACCGCCACUGCGUUAUGUUCCUUGGACUUUGUGGUCUAGCUAUUUGUUACAUCAUGCGAAUCUCACCCGCCAUCACCAUUAUCUCAAUGGUUGACAACAAAGAAUAUCGAAGUGCAAACAUCACUGGGAAUAAUUCAGGAAGUGCUAAAAAGUUUGACUGGACGCCUUUGGAGCAGAACACUAUUUUAAGCUCAUUCUUCUACUCUUAUUUUUUAAUGCAGCUUCCUGCUGGUUGGGUUACGCAGCAUAUUGGAGGCAAAUGGACAUUCGCAACAGGGGUCUCUUUCUGUGGGUUGAUCGCCAUCGUGCUUCCUCGGCUAGUCGAGCUUGGUGGCUUCACGGCAUUUCUGCUGCUACGUAUUUCACAAGGAUUGUUUCAGGGCAUGUGUUAUCCGUCAAUCCAUCGGUUAACUGGUUACUGGUACCCGCCUCGUGAAUAUUCGUUACUUUCAGGAAUCAUGCACUCUGGUGCCUUUGUCCGUUACGGUGCCCAUCUUUUCUUAGACCUACCGGGGUCGUCUAGUCACGCUUAUCUACAUUACACUGACGCGGUGCCAGUUAGUGACACCCGAGUCGUAGACUAUCAGUUCCUGUCUAAUGUCAUCAAAAUUUCAUGGCCGCAUGUCCACUCAGCCAACCUUACGCUUCGGCUGAUAUUACCAUACCUCGUCAACUUCUAUCCCUAUCCUCAAGGCUACAUCGUUGGUACCGUGUUGGCCCUGGUUUGCAGUGGAUACUUAAUCGAUGCCAACCAGCUGGGAGGCUGGCCGUUGCCAUUCUAUGUUUCAGGAAUAUUGGCUUUCAUUUGGCUACCUGCCUGGUCGAUCCUCAUUACCGAAGUCCCGGGCUCCCACCCAUGGAUCUCACCAGAGGAGGUUCAGUACAUCGAGGGUUCUCUGAGGGACAUCCACCCUCCUCGUCCACGUGCAAUUCCAUGGCGCCGUCUAGCAGCCAGCGGGCAGGUAUGGCUUAUCAUGGUCUGCUAUGUGUUGGACGGUUGGUCAAAUUACACGUUGCUGGUUUGUGUGCCGCAAUUCAUUCAUGAUGUGCUUGGUGUUCCGAUCAGUGAGAAUGGGGUUCUUUCUGCCCUUCCAUACAUGAUGGCUCUGAUAUUCAUGUACCUUUUAACGGCAAUCGAUGGUUUUAUCUUACGUCGUGGAUGGAUCAGUAUGCCGAACGCCAGGAAGUUAUGGUCCGGACUGAGUGCUUUUGGGAAGAGCAUCCUACUUCUGACGAUCGCCUAUCUGGAUGCGUCUCACAAAACUGCAAUAAUCAUUCUCUUGGUGUUGAACGUCAUGCUAUCAUCAGCCACGUUACUGGGGUUCAACUUGGCCGAUUUGGAUCUGGCUCCAGCGUAUGCAGGUUUCCUGUUCUCCGUGUUUAACGCCUGUUCGACCUUCAGUGGCAUUGUAGCCCCACUAGUCGUCGGUGUCUUCACGAGCAAUUAUCCGGCUCCAACUGCGUGGCGGAACGUAUUUGUCUUGGCGUCUGCUAUCUCUUGUUUAUGUGGUAUUCUUUUUGUCUUGUUCGGACGGCAAGCUCCUUUGUCCUGGACCAGACUAGAGCAUACUCAACGACGAAGGAUCUCAAAUUCUGACGUGCUACGUUCUGUGGAGUCAGACCAAUCAACCACUGACGUGCAUGCUCGAUUGCUUGAAGGCAGUAGCUGAAUACGGACUCCUUAGUGAAAGAUUUUAUCCAAAGGGUCUUUCAUCACACUGUCUAUGUUUGAGUAUAUUUCCCUGUAUUUGAACUUCGACUUUUCUGUGAUUCUAUAGUCUCUUCUCACUGGCAUAAUAACUGCUUCUUUCUUGUACGCCCAGUAUAAUUUUUUUAAGAAUAUUCUUUCUAAACACAUCUUUUUGUGACAUGCGGCGAAAGCUGGUCGGUUUUCGCUUACGAAUAUUCACUACCUCAUGGUGAGGUUGUUAUAUUGAAUUUUUGGAUAUAGA